UACUCAAAGGAUCCCAGACAAGUUGUUGAGCACAUCCUCUCCACACCAGGAUGUCCACCCUUUCCACCCAGUCAGUGGACAAAUCUUGUGCAGUGGAAAUACAUCAACUUGGCCAAAGUCCUUGAAUUGGCACAUUCCACUGAGCUUGACCCCAAACAAUCCCACAUUAUUGACAACAAGGUUGAAUUGUCCUUCAGAGUACUGAAACCUGCAGGAACCAUCAAAUCAGUGGCAGAUCACAACACCACUUUCACAAUGUUCAUCAAGGCCCUUGCAUUCAUUUUCCCUCAACAAUGGGAGGAGUAUUUGGAAUACCAAGAACACAUUGGUUGCCUCUUCCAUUCCAUUGAACUGGUCUUCCAUUCAAGAGUCAUCAACUAUGACCAUGUGGUCCAAAACCAUGUGUCCAUCCAAUGA